AUGGAGUAUGUGAAAGUUCAGGGGAGAGCUGACCUGGUACUGAAAGACUACGAAGUUGCUAUCAAUGUUCAAACCUGUAUUUUCAAAAGGAAAAGAAUAUCAUAUAUAAUAAAGGAGCUUAUGAAAGAUCACCAAGAAGACAAAGCAGAAGGUGUCGGAAACAUAGGUAUUGGUGUCAUAACACAUUUGGGAUCUGCUGUUAGAGAUAUAAAUGUGGGCUCUUCUGUCGUUUUCAUGAUACCUGAAACAUCAAAACACUCUGGUUUAUCAGAUUCAUGUAUUGUUCCUCGUUACUUUUGUUUUGGGUUCCAGUCAUCUCUGGACAAAACUGAUGUGACAGUUACAGUUGAUGCUCUUAUUCCUGCGUACUUUGCUCUACAAAACAAGGUGUCUAGGGGUGACACAGUGUUAGUUUGUGAUGGGCACACACCUCAAGGACAAAUAAUCAUCCAAACUCUACACAAGAGAGGUUGUAAAAUUGUUGUUUAUCUUGCUCAAGAAUUUGAGAAAGACAUGCUAAUGCCGUACAGGAACAUGAUUGAUAGCUUCUUUGAGGCUUGGAUACACCGCUCUAAUUCUAAACAAUUAGGUGAGAGCCUCAUUAAAGAAUCUGACAAACUUGGAUUCUCACUAGUAUUGUGCCUGCAAGUUGCUAAUCCGUUGUAUGCUGAUAGGGACGGCAGUAAAGAUGAAAGUGUUUUGCACAAAGGAACAUUACCAUUGUCUCUUGCAGUCACUAGCAUGGCUGCUGGAGGACACCUUGUCUUAGCCAACGACAAACAAAUUGUCAGUAAAGUAAUGUGCCAACACAUGUUUGCAAAAGGUUGUUCUUUGCACUAUAUCAACCCUACUGCAAACCUCUGUUCUCCAUCUAAGCUGGGAUCUCUAGUACAUUUUCUGAUAACUCAAAUAGAACUACUCGGAACAAAAGAACUGACUCCACCACAACCUAUUCACAAGGUCACGUUAGAGGAUGCUGUUAUGGUGCUGAACAAUGAGUUAGACCCAAUGAAUGGAUCAUAUGUUGUAGAUAUGAUGUAA